CGUUUACCACGGUGUGGUGUGGGUGCGUGUGUGCAACGCGUGUGACUGUAGUGGUUGAGUUUGGCGGAUACCAGGUAGGCGCAUGCCAGCGCGCGCUCGCUCUCACGAGAGAGGACCCGAGAGAGGAACGCGAUCGACUGUGCCUCGAUGCGCGAUCUCACCUUACGCACGUUGCGACCGCGUGGCUCCGAGUGACUUGGAUCCUUCCGUCGGUUCGUCGUCGCCGCUGGGCUACGUCCGCUACGAGGCUCGGCGACCAGUGAGCGCGCGCGAGCACGCACGCACGCACGGCACGUACGAACGCAGAGAGGCGAGGAUGGGCGACAAAGGCGGGGAGAAUGUCGCGGCGCUCACGCCGGCGACACCGGAGGACGCGUGCACCGCGGAAAUGUACAAGGAGGAGGCGAACGAGUACUUCAAGAAUCAAGUAUACGAUAAAGCUAUCGAAUUGUAUACCAAAGCCAUACAGUUAAAUCCGUUCGUAGCCGUGUAUUUUGGCAACAGGAGCAUCGCCUACCUAAGGAUGGAGUGCUUCGGAUACGCAUUGACAGACGCGUCCGCGGCCAUCGAGUUAGAUAGGAAUUACGUUAAGGGUUACUAUCGGAGGGCCGCCGCUUACAUGUCCCUAGGCAAGUUCAAGCAGGCCCUCACGGAUUAUAAGACUGUCGUCAAAGCUAGGCCCAACGACAAGGACGCAAAGGACAGGUACAUGGAGUGCCGCAAGAUGGUUAAAGUGUCGGCUUUCCACAAGGCCAUCUCCGUAGAGGACAAGAAGAACAUAGCCGACACGAUUAAUCUGGAAGAUAUGGCGAUCGAGGACGAGUAUACGGGGCCUAAGCUAGUCGACGGGAAAGUUACGCUGGAGUUCAUGAAGGACUUAUUAGAGUGGUACAGAGAUCAAAAGAAGCUGCACCGCAAAUACGCUUACAAAAUCCUGUUGGACGUUAAAUCGUGGUUCAUGGCACAACCUAGCUUAGUGGACAUCGUAAUCCCGGAAGAAAAGAAAUUUACCAUCUGCGGGGACAUACACGGUCAAUAUUAUGACCUGCUGAAUAUAUUUAAAUUGAACGGAUUGCCGUCGGAGACUAACUCAUAUUUAUUUAAUGGAGAUUUUGUAGAUAGAGGCUCUUUCUCAGUAGAGUGCAUAUUUACUCUAUUUGGUUUUAAAUUAUUGUACCCAAACCACUUCUUCAUGUCGAGAGGUAAUCAUGAAUCUGCUAUGAUGAACCAGAUGUACGGCUUCGACGGUGAGGUCAAAGCUAAAUAUUCUGUUCAGAUGGCGGAAUUGUUCACCGAGGUAUACAAUUGGCUCCCUCUCGCACACUGCUUCAAUCAUAAAGUACUUGUGAUGCACGGCGGAUUAUUCUCGCGGGACAACGUGACAUUGGAAGAAAUUAGAGAAAUCGACAGAAACAGACAACCGCCUGACGAGGGGUUGAUGUGCGAGCUAUUGUGGUCGGAUCCGCAGCCGCAGAUGGGCCGAGCGCCCAGCAAGAGAGGCGUGGGUGUUCAAUUCGGACCUGACGUCACGCAGAAUUUCCUCAGGAUAAAUUCUCUUGACUAUAUUGUAAGGAGUCACGAGGUUAAGAACGAGGGAUACGAGGUGGGACAUGAUGGGAAGUGUAUCACAGUAUUCUCCGCUCCAAAUUACUGUGAUACCAUGGGUAAUCGAGGUGCCUUCAUCACACUUAACGGCAGUGACAUGAAACCUUACUUCACGUCGUAUGACGCAAUGCCUCAUCCAAACGUAAGGCCGAUGGCUUACGCCAAUUCUUUACUAAAGUUCAUGUGCUAGUGGAACGUCUCCUAGGUAUUAUUGAAAAAUAAAUAUAAUAAUAACUGAAGUAUAAGUAGUCCAAUCAAAGUGUGCGUAAUAUAUUUGAUACUGAAAUGGGGAAGGUAAGAGACACUUUAGGCUUCUCCGCAACAAUAAUUAUUAUAUUCUUUCUAGGAGAUCGAACGAUGAAUUUCCUGUAUUAUAAAAUACGCGCGGUGAGAAAUGCAUAAAAUUGACGGGUACAAAAGCGAGAAAGGUUUGCUUAUUUUUACAACAGGCAAACAAAUCUAUCAGACUUUUCUUAUCGUAGAUAAGAAAACACGGCUCGUCAAGCAUCUGGCGAUUUGUGUUCAUUUGUAAUAAAAUGGCGCGAAGAGAACGUUUCUAUUUUGUACCCUCAAUCAAUGACCGCCUUGUUCGUUAAAGAUACCUAUGUGUUGCGCGUACACAUCAGAAGGAAUUUUUGAUCUCGAAGAUAUUCCCGUGAAGCGUAUUGAUUUUAUAAUCUAUUAUUUAUACGAAGCGCAGAAUUUUAAACUUUUAAUUGAUUCUUUAACGACCAACGGUGGAGUUUCAAUGAAAUAUAGUAAUUAUUACAGAGAGGAAGAGAGCGAGAGAGAAUACAUAAAUGCAAAGAAACUAGCGUAAUUAUGUAGUACAAUGUUUCAGCCAAUCACUAUGCGUCACGUUAUUUGUGACAAUUUUUUUACAAAUCUGUCGUGAUUGGAGAAAUCUUUGAUCUAACAUUUUGUUUUUUGUUAAUAAUAAAUGACAUUUAUGAUGUA